AAAUAAGCUCGCCCAAAGGUACCCUCGACUGCAGUAGCCCGGCAUCCGUCGGCGCUGCGGCCAGGGUUUCGGAAAAAUAUAAGAGCGGUGUGCUUUUAUUACGUCCGUUCAUUCGCGAACUCGCGAGACGAUUGCGUCGAGAGAGAGAGAGAGAGAGAGAGAGAAAAAGGAAGGAUAGAAAUAUAUAAGUGGAAAGGUGAGACCACGAAAAAGGAUAGAAGAUAAAGGAAGUCCGUUUGACAUGAGGAUUGUCUCGAAGAAGUAACCCUCUUGUUAAUUAAUCAAAUGGUUAAUUAAUCAAAGUGAGACAUAGACGGACAAAUGCUCACCGUGAAUAGUAGUAUCGCGUAGUGAAGAGAGGAGAAGCCGGGUGGACGAGGGGAAGAAGGUUGGACGCGCGAGGGCAGCCCAGAAGGGAGAAAGAGAACGAAAGAGAAAGAAAAAGAGAGAGACAGAGAGAACACAGGAUGCGGGGGCACAGGAAGAGGGCGCCAAGCCCCGUCGAUUUCUCUUCUUCUUCUUCUUCAUAGGGGAUCUUCUGCUUCGCCUCUUCGACGUCUUGUGUAACGGCGGAGCUGAAUACAACGAGUCGAGGACGACAAGGAAGAGAAGGAAUCUCCUUACUGAAACGAGCACUGCCGUUUGUUCUCCGACAUGGCGGACGAAAAGGAGAAGCAGACGUUCCUGCAGAAAUUGCUGUUCUACACGACCGCGUUCUUCAUCCUCCUCAGCACCUUCAGCCUCUUCGCCUUCCUCUUCUUGGUCCCCUUCGUCAUCGACCCCGCCUUCACUACUAUCUUCAUGCAGUUCGACACUCGGCCCGCCGAGUGUGUCACCAUCGACGUUGAGUCCAGGAGAGGUACGAGCAACUGCUCAUGGACAUCAUGUAGAGAGGGUUGCACCAAGGAGUUGUAUGAUUGCACGCAAAUACGCGUCAACUACAAGCUACCGAUUAAUACAUCCUCCGAGGAUGAAGCUGGACCAUUUGAGGGAGGCAGAGCGGUAGGAGGUGUCGAGGACGACGAAGACAGUACGAGGUUAAAAAAACCGCGUUAUGAACGGGCUCCCAGAGACUACGAUUACAUCGAAGAUCUCGACGAUGAAGAUUUCGCCGAGGACGACGAUGCAGGACUGCCAAAACCCUUUCCUACAGGUCUCAUGGGCAACGACUCCGAGUGGUACUUCACUGGGGCCAAGCUGUUCCCGAACGUAAAAGGCUGUGGAUACCCUCCAGUGCUGAAUUGCAGUAUUUUCUACCAGCAGUAUGCCAACAUAGGGCAUAACUUUAGCUGUUACUACUCCAAAGUGGAUCCCGGAAUAGUCAUCAGCGAACUCGACAUGUGGCAGGUGUAUAUGAACCUGGUGUACGCAAUGGCAAUUCCGAUACCGUCUUUCAUAAUCUCGGUGAUAUACCUCACCAUCGCCUACUUCAAGAUCUACAACGAAGACGAGGAGGCCCUUGUUGGCGGGGAGGAAGGAGAGGAGGGCGCCGAGGGCGAUGGAAGCAACGGUACGCCUCUGCCGCCCACGAGCGGUGCCCUUACGCCUGGAAGCGAAGCUUUUAGGGAGGACUUGGCGAGUUUCGGUCAUCAGCUCAAGGUCGCGAUGGCUGAUGACAUCAGUAGGGAGAGUCUCGAUGGCAUACCCAACUCGCUCUCGGUUCAGGGCAACUUGAGCAAAACGAUGACGACGAGUAUCUCAACUCCCCCUGGGCCGACGGCAGCAGUCUGAAGCGUCAUUUCCACGGUAUGAACAACAUUUCGUGGAGACCGCACUAAAAGCUACCUUUUCGUAUCCGCCGAAAGGAAGUAUGUAUAUGAAGGAAGAGAAAGAAAGAAAAAUAGAGAUAAAGAGAUAGACAAAAAAAGGAGAGAGAGAGAGAGAGAGAGAAAGAAAGAAAAAAAAAAUGAACAAGUUUCGAUGACGCUUUGGUGUUAUAUUUGAAACGUUGCUAACCGUGAAGAGCCAAAAUUCUUUUGCCGAUUCGAACACAGCUUCGCGCGUUGUCCUUUUUACAAAGUGAACCAGAGGUAAAUAAAAGAUGGAAAAUAAAAAAGAGAGAGAGAGAGAGAGAGAGGGAGAAAAAAGAUAAGAAUAAGAGAGGGAAUGUGAACGACACGGCCGUCCCUUCACACCUCGAAUAUAAUAAUAUAUAUUAUAUACACAUAUAUUAUACAUAGAAAUACGUAAUUGAUUUUUUCGCUUCGUCGUGUACUUACAUGCCGAUAGAUCCAUGAUGAUAAGAAAAAAUGGAAGGUUAAAGAAAAUGGGAAAAAAUGAAGGAAAAAAAAAAAAAAAAAAAAUAGCUGACCAUCGAUGUUUGGCGCAAAAUCACACGGAAUAAUUAACCCAAAGAUUAUAAAUCUGUGCCCGUGUAUGCAAUGCAGCAAUUGAUCCUCCUUUAAAAAAAAAAAGAAAAAAAAGCGAAAAAGAAAAGAAAAAAAAGGUUAAUGCUAACUUUAUCGACAGAGAUAAACGAUAUUUUGUGACAGACAUUUUUCUACUCGAAAUAUAAAUUACCGCUUCCCUUCCUCUUCUCGCUCCAAUCUUUUGCGUGAAACGAUGAAAAUACAAAGAAAAAAGAGAAAAAAGGAAAAUGAAAGAAAAUAACAUUAAUAAUAAUUAUUAUUAUAUUAUUAUUAUUAUAACAAAAUCUGAAAAGAAGAGAAUAAUUCUCGAAACGACGUAAAUUCGUCUGAGCGAUUUUUACCGUCAUCAUCGUUCUCGAAUUUAUCAUUUUUUUUAAUAUAUAUAUUCCGGUGGCAUUUUGUUAAAACGGACGGUCGCGCACACGAGCUUUUUAAUGACAAUUUUAUGUUUGUUUCCAUAUUCUUCUUUGUUUCUUUUAACAGGAUCGAUGAGGAAGUAUCCGGUGGUGUUCGAUGAGUAUAAAAUGUAGGAAAAAAGGACGUGACCGUAUAUAGGUCGAUAAAAUUUGCCAAAUAACUUAAGAAAACGAAAAAUUCGAUUCAAUUUCACGAUUAACUCGAAAACGCAUUCUUUAUUAAUCGGCCUUUAUAAAUCGAUUUUUCAAGUUCUCUCGAAUCACUAUGAUUAUAUUAUUUUCGACUUUGUGACUAUAGAAGAGAAAAAAGAAAAAAAUAAUAGAAAAGAAUAUUUAACGCCGGAUCUUGCGUUAAGAUCCUCACUAUCUUCUUGUACCGUUUCUUUCGAAUCUGUCCUACAUGCUCGACCAACUUUUAUCGAUUAAUUAGAUAAUCGAACUUUCUCGGCUUACUAGCACGUCAGCCGAUAAUUAUUAAAACUUAUAAAAA